UAAAUUAGUUAUUAUACAUGUUAAAAUAUAAAUUAUACAUUAAAAAUAGGUUAAACAAUAAUUAAUUUGAUCGAUAACUGAAUUUUAGUGUGCAGUUAGUAUUUUUGUUUAUGAAUUGUUUAUCUAAAGAGUCUUCACAAUGAGACAGAAGAAUCAAAUUGCUGGCAUCAAUUCUAGUGGGUAGAACAUUAUUAUUUUACAAUUCAAAAAGGGGAAGAUUCAAAGAAGAAAAGGGAAGAUGCAAUAGCGUAUUCAACUAGUAACUUACGCAAUCCCAAUUCUGAAGAGAAAAAGUUGUCAUGCAUCACAGAAACCAUGGCAGGAAUUGAACUCGCCUUAUCAGAAAGCAAAGCAUCAAGGUUACUUCUUCAUAAACAACUUCACUCAUUUCACCAAUGUAACCACCUUUUUUAUCAACAUCCAAACAGUGUAUGUAGCUAUGGAGAAGAAAACGCCUCUUAUAUCCUUGGAUUCAACAUUACACGCAACUUUGCUACUCCUUGCAUUAGUUUUCAUCCAAGAGGUGCAAGGAAUUGGUGUUAAUUAUGGCACAAUAGCAGAUAACCUUCCUCCACCAGCUGAAGUAGCAAAAUUCCUCUCAAAAUCCACCAUCAUUAACCGGGUGAGACUCUUCGAUGCCAACCCCGAACUCCUACGCGCUUUUAAGGACACAAGAAUCGAGGUCACAAUAACCGUCCCUAACAACCAAAUCCCACGUGUAACUAACUUAACCGUUGCACGUGAAUGGGUCCAAACCAACGUCCAACCGUUCAUCCCUUCAACUAAAUUAGUUAGAAUUCUCGUUGGCAACGAAGUGUUGUCCACUGCCAACAAACUUUUAAUUAGCAACUUAGUCCCUGCAAUGCAAACACUCCACGUGGCACUUGUUGAGCUCUCAAUAGAUAGCCACAUAAAAGUUACCACACCACACUCUCUGGGCAUUUUGGUAAAUUCAACUACACCUUCCGGUGCGAGAUUUAGGCAAGGCUAUGAUACUCAUGUGAUUAAACCAAUGCUUAGUUUUCUUAGAGAUUCGAAUUCACCAUUCAUGGUUAACCCUUACCCAUUCUUUGGAUUUUCCGUUGAUACCCUUGAUUAUGCACUUUUCUUACCCAAUUCUGGCAUGGUUGAUGACGUCACUCAUCUACGUUACACCAACAUGUUGGAUGCACAACUUGAUUCUGUUUAUUCUGCCAUGAAGGUUUUGGGAUUCGAAGAUGUUGAGAUUGUGAUCGGUGAAACGGGCUGGCCCACUAAGGGAGACCCGGCCCAAAUUGGUGUGGAUCCAAUGAGUGCUUCGGAGUACAAUGGGAAUCUCAUACGUCAUGUCACUUCCGGGGUUGGAACUCCUCUCAUGCCUAACCGGACUUUUGAGACUUAUAUUUUUGCUUUGUUUGAUGAGAACUUGAAACCCGGCCCAACAUGCGAAAGGAAUUUUGGGCUUUUCUGGCCCAAUAUGACUCCUGUCUAUGACAUUCAUAUAAUGAGGAACACUGCCAUUGGGGUUGCUCAUUAUCGUCAUAAAUCACGUUUAAUAAUCAUGGUUAUUUUAAGCUUCAUUGGUUCCUGGCGGGGUUCAAUAUUUUUGUAGGUUCAAUAUCUUGCAAACUGGAGUAUUUAAAGAAGGUUCAAUUUGUGAUCACUUGAAUUUUAUCAUUGGAAUGAGGGAGAUAAAAGAAUGCAACUCAGAAACCAAUGGUAAAAGCUACAAUCUAUGGGACCGUUUGACUUUUGGAAUGCUCCAUUAUAAAUAGACCUGCUCCGGGUACUAUUGGAUCUAUAUUUUGCUGGAAGAAGAAAUACAUGUACCUCUCGGAACAGUAUCGUCGCAUAUAAGCAAAAGAAAAAGGAACAAUAAGAGCAUUAUCUACAGACUACAGCAUUGAUAUGGAAGCCAUAGCAGAAUUGGAUAUUUUGGAUGCAGAGACACCAAAAAAACAGACAGUAUGCCACACACCUUUGAUGCAACUCAUGCAAGCACGCAACCAUGUCUACAAACAAUGACAAUAUCGCUUGGGGUGGUGUUCACAGCUGUUGGUGGUAGCAAAAUGUUCCUGAAGCCUCUUAAGCCGCAUUUGGUAACUAGAACAGAAAUGAAAAACACUAAUGCUAGGUUAACAACUUUUGUUGUACAAGCUUGAGAAGCUCACGUAUUUGUGUUUAUCCAUAUAUUUGAGUUACUAAUAUAUAUAAAUACGAAAACUUCUCAAACCAAUAGUUUUAAAAUAAAAGAAAUACUAUUUAGUGAAUAAAAAACAUGCAAAAGAAGAAUAAAAUUUACAUCCUUUUCUAUAAAUGUACUUCAUAGUUCAUAUGUGAGUAUAAUAAUAUUAUACCAGUAUGGAAGAAAAUGAGGAAUUCAAAAUAUAUUUGCAAAAUUUCCUAUAUACUAAAUUAAAUAUAAUUACUCCAUUUAAGAGGAUCAUAAAUGAGAAUAGAUCUAUAAAAAAUUAAUAAAAUCCUCAAACAUAUCUCUCCUAUAAAGUGGUAAAAGAAUAAAAGUUAGAGUUAUACAUAUUUCCCUGAACCAUACUCUAUAAAUCUCUUCAUUUCCUCCUCCACUUCAAAUCUCUUAAACCUCUCCCUUCUCACUACCUAUUUCCUGAAGCAUGCUCUCUUU